GGGUGGCGCGCCCGGAGAGCUAGCGGCUCGGUGCGGCGCGGCGGCAGAGGUUUUGGUAUGAACAGGAUUCGGAUCCACGUCUUGCCGACCAAUCGGGGGAGGAUCACCCCAGUGCCCAGGUCCCAGGAACCCCUGUCUUGUUCAUUCACUCAUCGCCCAUGCUCGCAACCUCGCUUGGAGGGGCAGGAGUUUUGCAUUAAGCAUAUCCUUGAAGACAAGAAUGCACCCUUCAAGCAGUGUAGUUAUAUAUCAACGAAGAAUGGAAAAAGAUGUCCCAGUGCUGCACCAAAGCCUGAGAAGAAAGAUGGCGUGUCUUUCUGCGCUGAACAUGCCCGUAGGAAUGCCCUGGCACUUCAUGCUCAAAUGAAGAAGACCAAUCCAGGGCCUGUGGGUGAAACACUCUUGUGCCAGCUAAGCUCUUACGCUAAGACAGAGCUGGGGUCUCAAACUCCAGAAAGUAGCCGCAGUGAAGCUAGUCGAAUUCUGGAUGAAGACAGCUGGAGUGAUGGGGAGCAGGAACCCAUUACUGUGGAUCAGACAUGGAGAGGUGACCCUGACAGUGAAGCUGAUAGCAUAGACAGUGAUCAAGAAGAUCCCCUAAAACAUGCUGGUGUCUACACAGCAGAAGAAGUUGCUCUGAUAAUGCGUGAGAAGCUAAUUCGUUUGCAGUCUUUGUACAUCGAUCAGUUUAAACGACUUCAACAUCUGCUCAAAGAGAAGAAGAGACGUUAUUUACAUAAUCGCAAAGUGGAACAUGAAGCUCUAGGUAGUAGUCUCCUGACUGGACCAGAGGGACUUUUGGCCAAAGAACGAGAGAACUUAAAGCGUCUGAAGUGUCUUCGGCGGUAUCGCCAGCGUUAUGGAGUGGAAGCCUUAUUACACAGGCAGCUGAAGGAACGCAGAAUGCUGGCCACAGAUGGUGCUGCCCAACAGGCUCACACGACUCGUUCCAGUCAGAGGUGCUUGGCUUUUGUGGAUGAUGUUCGUUGUUCCAAUCAGUCUCUUCCAAUGACCAGACAUUGCCUUACCCAUAUUUGUCAGGACACGAAUCAGGUUCUCUUCAAAUGCUGCCAGGGGUCUGAAGAGGUACCCUGCAACAAACCAGUUCCUGUAAGCCUCUCUGAGGAUCCCUGCUGCCCACUGCAUUUCCAGUUGCCUCCUCAGAUGUAUAAGCCCGAGCAGGUACUGUCUGUGCCAGACGAUCUGGAAGCCGGCCCCAUGGAUCUGUACUUGAGUGCUGCCGAGCUUCAGCCCACUGAGAGUUUACCUCUGGAGUUCAGUGAUGACUUGGAUGUUGUGGGUGAUGGUAUGCAGUGCCCUCCUUCACCCUUACUUUUUGAUCCUUCACUAACCCUUGAAGAUCAUUCAGUCAAAGAAAUUGCCGAAGGCCCGGUGGAUAUUCUGGGCCAGAUGCAGAUGGCUGGAGAUGGGUGCAGAUCACAGGGGUCUCGAAAUUCUGAGAAAGCCUCUGCACCACUGCCUCAGAGCGGAGUGGCUACUACAAAUGGGAAGCCAGAGCCCUCUUCUAUCAGUUGAUGAUUUGUUUGGGAAACCAUUUAUCUGACUUUGGUGGAUUUGAAUUUUCCAUUCUUUUAAACAAGUAUUUAUGACUGUCUCUCGCUGAAGGACACCUCCGACUAUGGCGUUUUUCCUCUGGGUUAUUGAGUGCUGUAGUCAAACAUAAACCGGAUUUGUUGUGGGGGGACCAAGAGUGUCUUCCCACUCUGCGCAGGGAAGAGAGAGAUAGGUGAUUCCUGUCAGAGCUGCUGGGACUGAGAGUAUUUGGGAUUGUGCCUAAGGGAGAGACAUCUUUGUAAUGGGAAUUCCCAGGUCCAGGCACAAAUACGCAUAGGUGUUUAGGUAGGAGAUGUGUGUACCUUUGGGUUAUUAAUGGAACCCAGUGUCUGAUUAUCUCUAUCUAAUGGCCUGUGUUUUAGCCUUUCUUCACUUCUUACCUGAUUGGUAAUCUGAACCCCUCCUUCCUCCACUGAACUCUAACCUAUCAUCUCUGAGAAUAGCCCACAGGACUGGGCCCUCUUUAAUCAUCCAUCUUGCUUCUAACCUAUGUAAAUUUCUGUAGUGGCUAUCUUAUGUAAAAUAUAAUAAAAAUUAUUGUAUAUAGUUUCUAUUAAAUGUUAAAAUGUUAUGAAAAUGUAAAACAAUUGAAUGCAUGUUUUCUUUGUAUUUGAAUGUGUAUAUAUAUUUUUUGGGUCCUUAGGGAGUUGUAUCUGAUGGGAAAGGGAAAAACAGGACAGGUUAACUUCCAUCCCAAGAAGUAAAAUACAUUUUCAGGAGCUUGGUUUGGUUUGGAAGGUAAGAUAAAAACCUGUAAGAAGUAAAUGGAAACGGGUGGAACUUCCUUAUUAAAGCCUACCAGUUUUAGAAAUCUUCCUCUUUUCAUUCUGCUCUUUGUGCCACCUACUCCCAUUUGCAUUUCUUUUCUCCCAAUUAAUGUCUGAUUAUCAUCCCCAAAUUCUCUAGAGCUAGGAAUGUAUGUAAAAAACUUGUAUUGAAGUUAAGCCUGAUGCUGGAGCAGAGAUAGGUGUAAACUGUCAAGAUCAUUUUGAUGAUGAAUCUAAAGAUAGGAUUAAAAUAAAAGUUCACUUAGGACUGAGUUACCUAUGCUAGAAGUUGUCUGUUACAGGCAUGCCUUGGAGAUACGUAGGUUAGGUUCCAGACCACUGUAGUCAAAACAGAUACCUUGAUAAAGCACGUCAGGUGAAUUUUCUGGUUUUCUAGCACAUGUAAAAGUUACACUGUACUGUAAUCUACUAAGUGUGUAAUAGCGUUAUGUCUUUAAAAAGUCAUAACUUAGUUAAAAAAUAUAGCUAAACAGUGCUAACCAUCUGAGCUUUCAGCAAGUGGUAAUCACUUAUCAUAGAUUAUCAUAACAUAUAAUAAUGAAAUCGUGCAAGAUUUACAAAUGUGACACAGACACAAAGUGAGCAAAUGCUUUUGGGAAAAUGGUGCCAGUACAUUUGGUCGUUGCGGGGUUUCCACAAACCUUCAGUUUGUAAAAGAAUGCGGCAUCUGCGAAGUGCAAUAAAGUGAAGCACAGUAAAGCGUG